AUGCCAUCUAUAUUUCAUUGCUUCCCAGAGCUUCAAAAGUUGGACGUAGGAGAUACAGAACUGGGUGACUUUCCUGGAUUUUGUUUAAGUCCCGAGAAUAGUGGUAAUAAAUUGGAAAUAUUGUUGCUAGAAAAUACCAGUAUAGACAACGAAAUUUCAGUUGAACGUUUGAAGUGUUUACCCAAGCUUAAGGUGUUGAAUCUGAGCAGAAAUAAUAAAAUUACUCAUGUUCCACAUUUCUGCAAUUCAUCUGGAAAAAGCAGUGUUCCUGAACUAGAAGAGUUGUAUCUUAAGUCCACAUCUAUAUCAACAUUACAAAAGGAAUCUCUGAUGUGUCUGUUCUCUCUUCGAAUUAUAGACUUGAGUGAUAAUCCUUUGAGAGAUAUUCCCACAUUUUGUGGAGUAAAACAGCAUAGUUUAACUCCCAAUCUAACAUCACUUUCUCUGAAUCGUACUAAAAUAAUAAUUUUAAAAGGUUAUCGUUUCCAGUGCUUGCCAAUGUUGAAAAAAUUAGACCUCAGGGAAAACAGCUUUGAAGAAAUUCCAUUAUUUUGCAACGAAGUAAAUAAGAGCACCAAUCCAAAUUUACAAGAACUAAUUCUGUCAAAUACAGACAUUAAAAACAUUUUCAAAAACGAUUUUACUUGCCUUCCCUCGUUGAGAAAACUAGAUUUGAGUCAUACGAAAUUAGAAGAACUCAAUGAUAAUAUUUUUAGUUCACUAAGGUCUCUCACAUGGUUAAAAAUUAGAAAUGUUAAGUGUCUGAAAAAGAUUUCUACUUAUGCAUUUAAUAUAUCUAGUCUUCUCACCCUGAAGUUCGUUAGCAAUGACUUCAAAUUUACAAAUGCUUCCGAAAAUAUGUUUGCCUUGUGCACAAAUGUCACUAGUUUAGAUCUUAGUGGGAAUCAUUUUCCUACUGGAUCUCUUGGUCAUUUGUUGCUCAAACCUUUGCAAAGAUUAGAGAAAUUGUCCCUACAAGAAAAUAGAAUGAACUCAAUCCACGUGGACACAUUUAAAUCGUUAAAGAAAUUAAAGAUUCUUUCUUUGACGAGAAAUAAACUUAGUAGUUGGAAACCUACCGUAUUUAAAAACCUUUCAAAUCUAGUUGAAUUACGUCUAGAUCAGAAUAAGAUUGCUAUUUUAAACAAAACAUCUAUACCAUUAGAACUAAUGGACAAUCUCCACACUCUAACGCUUGCUAUCAACCCUUUUGAUUGCGGAUGUGAUAUGAUCUGGUUUAAGAAUUGGUGUCAAAAGACAAAUGUGACGCUUCUCAGUUUUCCAUACAGGUAUACUUGUCAGACACCUAAGAAUUUGUAUCAGAAGACUAUCCUGAAUCUCAAUCUUACCGAGGAUGAUUGUAAAGAGAAAAACCCAUGGAUUAUUAUCCUUAUAGCAACUUCCACAUCAGCAUUUUUUCUUUUAAUUGUUUCUAUUCUGAUUUCUGUGCAUUUGCCAACUAUCAAAAAUGUUAUUUAUUAUUGCCGAUUGAGAAAAAGGGGAUAUGUGAAACUUUUAAAUGAACAAGAAUUUAAAUAUGAUGCAUAUGUUGUAUAUUGUGAAGCAGAUGAGAAGUGGGUUUUGCGAAAGCUUGUCCGACGACUGGAAGCAAAAGGGAUAAGAUUGUGUAUUCCUGAUCGAGAAUUUGAAGUUGGUGUCGAGAGAUGCAGUGAAAUAGAAAAUGCUUUCAAAGAUAGUAGGAAAAUAGUAGUGGUGUUAUCAAAUGAAUUUGUGAAGAAUGAGUGGUGCCUUUGGCAAAACAAUCUUGUGGAAGAAAGAAUAAGACAACGUGGAGAUUCUACUGUCGUGUUUUUGUUAUACAAAAGCAUCAAUAGCAAGAACAUGAUUUCGUCUGUUCACAGAACUCUUAAAAAAAGAUCCGUUGUAACUUGGCACGAAGGUGGUACCAAAGAAUCAAUGUUUUGGAAGGUGGUUUCAUUAGCAGUAGAAGCACCACUCGGUGAACCACCCGUGUCUGUACUAGAAAAAUAA